AUGUCUGGACUCAAGUACUUCUCUUACAGCGACUAUGGCAAGACCCUUCUUGAGGAGAUGCACUACAGUCAAGCUGUUCGAGUCGGAGACAACAUCGAGAUAUCAGGCCAAGGCGGCUGGGACCCGGCAACAGGGAAGGUUCACUCUGAUCUUUUGGAUGAAAUCGACCAAGCAUUCUCCAAUGUAGACUUGACCUUGAAGGAUGCUGGGGGAAAGGGUUGGUCACAGGUUUUCCGAAUCCGUCUCUACGCUCUCGAUGAAGCGUGGACCUCAGAGGGCAUGGGUCGGAUGGUAGAGAACAUGAAGAAAUGGGCACCUGAUCACGCGCCUAUCCUGACAGGCGUCGGGGUCGCGAAACUUGGGCAACCAGGGAUGCGUAUCGAGGCGGAGGUAUCUGCUUAUGACCCGCAGGGGGCUCAAUAG